UUAAAAGACUGUAGGUUUGCUUUCUGUUUCUCUCCGCCCUCUAUGAGAUGUUUAGCAUUGUGCCAACACGUCAUUUUUUCCCCUCUGCUAAUUUCUCAAAAGGAUACUUGUAAAGUUGAUGAAGGCGUGCUGCGUUCACGGCGCAGUAACUUCGAUGAGGGACAUCACAGCACAUAAUCACAGUAGUGCAUAAAAAAGUUUUUUUUUCCCGAUAAAGUCCGAAGAGAGACGACGGGUCCCAUGCCUGCUCGGCUGGUUUCGGGGAUUAGAUGGUGCUGAUCACGGACGAUAGAGACGGAGGAGUCGCAUCGUCGCUCCGGGUCAGGCAGCACCAGCAGCAGAAAGCCAGCGGGGAUAUCGCUCAGGUCCACCCGACCUUAGCCGAAGAGGACCCCGAUGAAGACUACCCUAGCUCCUGUGAUGAUGAUGAGGAGGAUGGUUUUGAAGAAGUGGACUUCGAGGACCUGGACGACACUAGGAGCAUCGCGUCAGACGACUCGUUCUACCCGCCUGAUGAUGCAUUCGAGGACUCUGAGCGCACCUCGUCCCCACAGAGCCCGGAGCCGAUGUCGUUUUUCCGGGCGUGCUGCAGCAACAACGCUACUCUAGUGCGGAUUAUGAUCCGGCAUGGACUCACGGAGGACCAGGUCAAGCAGACGGACCGGAACAACAAGACGGGGCUGCUGGUUGCAUGUUACCAUGGUUACGUCGAUGUUGUCAUAGCGCUAUCCCAGUGUCCCUAUCUGGACGCUAACUGGCAGGACAGUGAAGGGAACACUGCCCUCAUCACCGCCGCGCAGGCAGGUCACAUGACAAUCACCAACUUCCUGCUCAACUACUACUCAGGUUUGGACAUCGAGAGGAGAAACUGUCACGGCUUCACGGCGUUGAUGAAAGCGGCCAUGCAGGGUCGGGUUGAGUGCGUGCGGGCGCUCAUGAUGGCAGGGGCCACCCUAAACGCACGAGACUGCGGCCGCCAAAUGACCGCCAGGGAGUGGGCGGUGUUCACCGGCCGCCAUGAAACAGCUUGGGUGAUGGGGCGACUCAUGGAACGACCCUGCCCGCAACAAUUCGCCGACGCUUACAGUCUCGAAUGGCCGCCGCUGCCGUCACUGGUGGCCAAAGCCCAGGAGCCCCGCGGUUGCCUUAAGCGUCUCUCGGACAUGGCGCGUGAUAUCUUCAACAUCGCCAACGUUACCAACCCCGAGGACUCCGGCGUCAUUGACCACCUUGUGUCUGUGACGACCGCCAUCAGGAGCCCCUUCAUCGCCGUCAGCUGUCACACGGUGUGCCCGGACAGCCCCCCCAGCGUCGGCAAGCGACGCUACGCAGUCUCGGAAAUCCUCCGCCGUCACCGAACCAAAGAGAUCAGUGCCAUCAAUGCGGGCGGCGUGGACACCCAACUCCAGCUCUUCCCCAACCCCAGGGUACCCAAACCCUCUUCCGAGCGUCGAGCCAGCCUUCAGAUGCAGACCUCAGUGCCUCGAACGAGGACCUCCAGUCUGGGAAUGUUGUCUCAGCCUCGAAGGACCAGUCUGCUUCCGCUAACCAUAGCGCUCAGGAGGAGGAGCAGCGUCAAGCCGGGGUGGACCAUCCCCAGGGUGAGGGUGUCCAAAGCCCCCGUGCCCACUUAUGAACCAGAAAAGAUACACAGGAAAACCAGCGCCAAAGACGGAGGCGGCAGGCACUUGCUGCAGAUCCCCAAGUGGCGAUACAAGGAGCUAAAAGAGGAGAGGAGGAAAGCAGAGGAGGCUGAGAGGAGGAGACUGGACGCCAUAACCAAGAGGAACAGGAAGUAGACGAAUGCACAUGAAACACGCAAAUAAAAGCUAAUACGCUGGACUCAGGGUGGGUUUAUUCCCAGUAGCAUCUUAAAGAUGGCCGCCACCUACCCAGGGCUCUUGAUACUUGAAGCUAACUUAUUUGUCAUAUUUAUUGCAGCCCUGAAGGACAAAGCCAUAUUUUGUUUUACGUCGAUUUAGUCAUAAAUAUAUCCAAAAUAUUUUAAAUUAAAAGUUUUGAGGGCAUGUUUUUUUAUAACAUGAAUAUUUUUCACUAAUGCUAAUUUUUCUACAAAUGAUCAAUAAUGUGACAUAACGACUGUCUUUAUACUUGGAAAAAAAAUGAAUGCAUGUAUAAUGUAUAUUUUUUAUUAAAUUUUAUUUAA